AUGAAACGUUACUUACGAUCAGAUGCGACCCGCUUAUCAGAAAAAGAUAUUCAGGAUAUUAUUGGUGCUAAAAAUUCAAUGAAGCGAGCAUCAGAAGUUAUGGCAAACAAAUAUAAAAUAUCAUCUCGGCGGGUAUACCAAAUAUGGAGAGGAGUUUAUCCGCCGAUAGAUCCUAAAGAGAUGGUAUCAUAUCCACCAACAGACCCACCUUCAGAUUCUAAAAAUAUGGUAUCAACAAAUACUGAUUUAUCUCAUGUAAAAAAGACGGACCCUCACAAGUCCCUAACUAGCCCUGAAAAUAAGUCAAAAAAGACUGGGAGGGGGAAUCCAAAAGCCAAGUCUGUUCGUAUCUCUGAAUUGCCUGAUGUUAUCCUCUUGAGAUCCAUUCAGACUAAGCCAACACUGAGAAACUCUGUCGAAGGCACUCAAGGUAAAGGAUUACAUGGGGAGGAAUUAAAAGCAUUUUAUGAGAAGGGUGUUAAGGAAGACGAAAAAAGUAAAGCAGAGACAGCUCGCUUAUUGGCUACUACCUAA